UGGUUCCUGCUUUUUUUCUAGUGAACCGUUGAACGUUCUAGUUGCUUACUAGAGAAGUACUCGUCAAUCAGUGAUCGAUUCAAUUUGUUUUUUUUUUUAAUUCGUUUGAAAGUGGUUCAUCUUUAUCAACAUGGCAAAAUUAUUCAUUGUCGGAUUCGUGGCUUUGGCUUUGAUUGCGAUCAUUGAGGCGGCCUCUUUCGGUCAGUGCCCAGUGGCCUCCAAAGUGCAAACCUGUACCCCGAAGUGUUUGAGCGACGUCGAUUGUAGCACCAGUGGUGGCAAGUGUUGUCCGAAUACCUGUAAUUACAAGUCUUGCGUAAGCCCUAGUCAGUUGACGCAAAGCACCGGAGGUGGCCAGAGCGGAAAUAAGUAUCAAUCGGGAGGUGCCGGAACCUAUUGCGGAAACGUCAAGUGUAACGCCUUCGAAACCUGUAAAUUGGACCCAUCCAGCAAACGCCAAAAGUGUACUCGUUCUUAAAAAGUUUUAUUGACAAAAUUAUAACGAAAAAAAUAAAUAAAAUUAAAUAGCAUCA